AGUUGGUUCAAAAAAUAAUUGAAACACGGAUAUUUUUUGACAAAUAUCCAUAAAUAAUUUGUAGAUAAGUUUGAAUUAACUUGACAAGUUUACCUUGAUUAUUUUAUACCAUUUUUGGAUGACGAGGUUCAUCGAUUCAAAUUUGAUAAACUGAUUGAGGUCAAGGACGAUAGAAAAAAUAAAAAAAAAGCUUUGGAUAUCUUGGGACUCUCUGGAAGAGACACAAUUGUUUGGCAUUGAUAAAUAUUAAAAAGAAAAAAAAAAAAAAACUAUGUAAAAGGCUGUGAGAUUAUUUAGAGCAAGAGUAUUUGUACGUUUACAUUUUACCAUAUAUGCUCAGGGUAACACCCGAGAAAUUGUAGAGGGGAGUUGAUAUAAAGUCUCAAGAGACUUGUUACACUGGCCACUCGUGAAGAAGACAUACUCUAAAUUCAAGUGUAACUUCUAGUCAAUUAAAACAAAAAACAAAACAAAAAAACAAAUUAAUUGUGCACAAAUAAAAUAUAUAUAUUUUUUUUAUUUUGGUUAUUUAAAAUUAAGUGAUUAAAAAUGUGUGACGAUGAUGUUGCGGCUUUGGUGGUCGAUAAUGGAUCCGGUAUGUGCAAGGCUGGAUUCGCCGGGGAUGAUGCACCCCGAGCUGUAUUUCCAUCAAUUGUUGGACGUCCAAGAUAUCAAGGAAUAAUGGUUGGUAUGGGACAAAAAGAUAGCUAUGUUGGUGAUGAAGCACAAAGUAAACGUGGUGUAUUAACUGUUAAAUAUCCAAUUGAACAUGGUAUUGUAACAAAUUGGGAUGAUAUGGAAAAAAUAUGGCAUCAUACAUUUUACAAUGAAUUACGUAUUGCACCAGAAGAACAUCCAGUUUUAUUAACUGAAGCACCACUUAAUCCAAAAGCAAAUCGUGAAAAAAUGACCCAAAUUAUGUUUGAAACUUUCAAUUCACCAGCAAUGUAUGUUGCUAUACAAGCUGUUCUUUCAUUAUACGCAUCCGGAAGAACAACUGGUAUUGUUCUUGAUAGUGGAGAUGGUGUUUCACACACUGUUCCUAUCUAUGAAGGAUAUGCAUUACCACAUGCAAUUCUUCGUCUUGAUCUUGCUGGACGUGAUUUAACUGAUUAUUUGAUGAAAAUAUUAACUGAACGUGGUUAUUCAUUUACAACAACAGCUGAACGUGAAAUAGUACGUGAUAUUAAAGAAAAACUUUGUUAUGUUGCACUUGAUUUUCAACAAGAAAUGGCAACAGCUGCUGAAUCAAGUGCAUUAGAAAAAAGUUAUGAACUUCCUGAUGGACAAGUUAUUACAAUUGGUAAUGAACGUUUUCGUUGUCCAGAGGCAAUGUUUCAACCAAGUUUUUUGGGUAUGGAAUCAUGUGGUAUUCAUGAAACAACUUAUAAUUCAAUAAUGAAAUGUGAUGUUGAUAUACGUAAAGAUUUGUAUGCAAAUUCUGUAUUAUCUGGUGGUACAACAAUGUAUCCUGGUAUUGCUGAUAGAAUGCAAAAAGAAAUAACAUCACUUGCACCAUCAACAAUGAAAAUUAAAAUAAUUGCACCACCAGAAAGAAAAUAUUCUGUAUGGAUUGGUGGUUCAAUUCUUGCAUCAUUAUCAACCUUUCAACAAAUGUGGAUAUCAAAACAAGAAUAUGAUGAAUCUGGUCCAUCAAUUGUUCAUCGAAAAUGUUUUUAAUUAUUAUUUUCAUUAUCAAUUAAUAAUUACAAUAUUUUUAUCUAUUUCGAAACAAUAUUUAAGUAUAUAUAUUUAUUACAACUAAUCGACAAAUUAUUAUGACUUUGAUUUUCAUCAAAUUUCAUUAACUGAGUAGAUGUUCUUUGUUUUUUAUUUUCAAGAAAGAUUAUUAUUAUUAAAAUUUACUAUUAUUAAGAGCUUGAAAUUAAAAAAAAAAAAAUGAUAAUUAUAUUAAAUAUAUUUGCACUGUUUUAAUGUUUUUUUUUUUUUCAUUAAUUUGUUUAAUUCUUUUUUACAAUUUUAAUUUUUUCACAUUAUUUAAUGAUGAUUUUUAUUACACAUUUAUUAAUUAAAUUAAACAUUAUCUAUUCGUUCUUUAAAACAAAAAAAAAAAACAAUUUACUUUUUCUAUCGUUAUUACAGUCUCUUCAUUUAUUAUAUUAUUAUUAUUAAAAACGACAAAGAAAAAAACAAAUUUACUUUUUUCAUUCAAAUUUGUUUCUUCUAUUUUAUUAUUAUUAUUGUUAUUAUUUACAGUUAAUAUUUAUUAAUAUUGUACUCUUAUUAGGCUCACAAAAGCUUCGAUUCUU